AUAUCUAUACAUUCAAUAAUAUACUUCGUAUAUAGUACUACACAACAAGUGAACUAUGGAAGGUCAAUUAACGGCCACCACAACUCCACUCCACAGUCACAAGCUCCUCCGUCGAACCACCUUCAACCACCUAUACAUGGUGGUUUACGCCACCGCGUUACUAUCCUUUCUCUACCACCAUCUAACCACACUCCUCAACACUUCCUCCACCUCUUAUUUCAUCAUCUCUUUUCUACUCCUCCUCUCUGACCUUAUCCUCGCCUUCUCGUGGGUCUGCACCCAAUCCUUCCACUUCCGCCCUAUCCGCCGCCAAGAAUACCCCGAAAAGCUGACCUUUAAAGAGGGAAAAAAACAACUUAUUCCGGCAGUGGGAAAUAAAGAACUUAUUCCGGCGGUUGACAUAUUCAUUUGUACGGCUGACCCUCACAAGGAACCACCUAUUGGGACGGUGAAUACGGCGUUGUCGGUGAUGGCUUAUGAUUACUGGCCGGAAAAGAUCUCGGUGUAUGUGUCAGAUGAUGGUGGGUCCCAGGCUACCCUUUUUGCCUUGAUGGAAGCUGCUAAAUUUGCUCGCCAUUGGUUGCCUUUCUGUAGGGAGAAUAAUGUUGUGGAAAGGUGUCCUCAAGCUUACUUUAAUGGCAGUUUUUACCCUAAUCGUUCACUUGAGGGUGACAAAAUGAAGACCAUGUACGAAAGCAUGAAGGUAAGAGUUGAAAAUGCAGUAGAAAGAGGGAAGAUUGAAGAAGGGCAAAUUGAUGACGAAGAAAUGUUAGAGGCUUUUUCCAAAUGGACUGACGAUUUUACACGUCAAGUUCAUCCUACCGUUAUUCAGGUUUUACUGGGUACUAUGAAGGACAAGGAUGUUACUGGUAAAUCAAUGCCUAACUUGAUUUAUGUAUCUAGAGAGAAAAGCAAGAUCCAUCACCAUCGUUUUAAGGCGGGUGCCCUCAAUACUUUGGUUCGGGUAUCAGCGACGAUGACAAAUGCACCAAUUGUGCUAACAUUGGAUUGUGACUCAUAUUCUAACGAUCCACAAACCAUCAAACGGGCUUUAUGUUACUUUUUGGAUCCUGAAAUUCGGCCCACAUUGGCGUAUGUUCAAUUCCCUCAGAUUUUCCGUGGGCUCAACAGAGGCGAUAUCUAUUUUUGCGAACAUAAACGUCUUUUCAUAAUUAACCCACUAGGAAUGGAUGGGCUUUACGGCCCAAAUUAUGUUGGAACUGGGUGCUUCUUUCGACGUCGAGCCUUUUUUGGAAGUCCGUCAUCAUUGAUCCAGCCUGAAAUCCCGGAACUAAGCCCAGAUCACGCAGUCAAUAAGCCCAUUGCAUCACUGGAUAUACUUGAAUUAGCCCAUUGUGUCGCUGCUUGCAACUUUGAGAACCAAGAGGGAUGGGGCACAAAGUUGGGCUUUCGAUACGGGUCAUUGGUGGAAGACUACCAUACGGGUUAUCGGAUGCAAUGUGAAGGAUGGAGGUCCGUGUUUUGUAACCCAGAAAGGCCAGCUUUCUUAGGGGAUUCACCAGUGACACUAAUUGAUCUGCUAAGCCAAAGUAAGAGGUGGAUGAAUGGGCUUCUUGACGUUCUAUUCUCAAGAUACAGUACUCUCACAUUUGGUAUUCAGAAAAUGGGCUUACUCAUGAGUUUUGCUUACACACAUUAUACACUCUGGCCCAUUACCUCAAUUCCAUUGACCAUUUAUGCCUUCAUCCCUCAGCUUGCUCUUCUCAAUGGAAUUCCCAUCUUCCCAAAGAUUUCAGACCCAUGGUUCCUCUUAUACAUAUUCCUUUUCAUUGGGGCCAACGGAAAAGACCUCAUAGAGUAUCUUCUAGAAAAAGGAACCUUCGAAAGAUGGUGGAAUGCUCAAAGAAUGUGGAUGAUAUGUGGACUCUCAAGUUUCCUAUUUGGAUGCAUAGACUACACUCUUAGUUCCUUAGGAAUCACGGUUCGAGGAUUCGAUAUAACGAGCAAACUACAAGACGAUGAACUAAGCAAGAGGUACGAUCAAGGGACUUUCGAGUUCGGUGUAGCUUCACCUAUGUUUGUGCCUAUGACAAUGGCAGCAAUAAUUAACCUGGUUUCCUUUGUUAUGGGACUUGUUGGUGUGUUUAGAAGUGGGGUGGGAAAUAUGGAGGGGUUAAUUUUGCAGAUUUUGUUGUCUGGUUUUGUGGUGAGUAAUUGUUGGCCAGUUUAUGAGGCUAUGGUAUUUAGGAGUGAUAAAGGAAAGAUGCCUACUAAAAUUACCUUAAUUGCAGUAUUUCUAGCUUCAAUUUUGAUUGUGGGAAGUUGAAUUAGGGUUUACUUGGGUUUAUUACCUUGUUUUGUAAUACUUAUGUGAAGAUAGUUCGUUUAAAUAAAAACGAAUUUGAGUUACUAUGUCAA